AUUUUGUCGUUGGACGAGGCUCGUGGUUCAACGAGUCACAACGGCCACCUCUACAGUGGCCAGAUAUUUUCGUCCCAGUUAGGAGAAUUGCUCUUAUUUUAAGCUCCCAACAAUGGCCACCUUUCCACAAUGGUUAGUUAACUCUGUCCACAGGGUGGCCGUUGAAGAGAGUUUCGACAGUAUUUUCUGAACACAGCAUCUGUGGGCAUCAAGUCAUAAAGUACUUGGCCUGAUAUUUUAUGUUUAUAGGCAAGAGACACGGGAAGGGUGAAGGAGUCAUUUUCUCGUUACCUCAGUGUUGUAAUAAGCCAAGUACUGAUGAUCAUGGAUUCUACACCGGGGGAUGGAAAAACAACAUGAGGCAUGGCAGUGGCAAAAUGACGUUUGUUUCCGGUGCUGUUUAUGAAGGCCAGUGGCAGUACGAUAAAAUGAGCGGUUAUGGGACCUUGAAGCUCCCGGAUGGGGUCAUUCAGGAAGGGACAUGGAAGGAAGGGUCAUUAGACGGUUGUGUCCUUUUCACUUGGCCCCAUGGUGUCACCGAGUACCGCGAGUAUGAGCCAGGCAGAGGUCAGCUCUCAUCCUGUAAAAUUGACGAGGACACUGCUGGACAGCUCUCACAGAUGAGCUCCAUUCGAUCGCAGCUCUCAAACGUGCGAGAAUGCUUGACCAGGCUGAAAGAAGGAAACCUCGGCCUUAAAGACGAGAUGAACACCCUGAAAACACAGGAAGCCGAGAUGACCAGGAUAUACCAAGGCAAUCUUUGUAAAAUUCGCCAAACUCUCAUCGUCCAGCAAGAGCAGGAUUACCAGAAAUUGCGAGAGGAAUUUGACAAGAAAUUGAAAGAUGCGGAGACAUCCUUCUGGAACAGUGCCGAAACAGUACGUACAUUAGAAAAAGAACUUGAACAAUCCCGGGAAGCGCAGCUGUGUCAGAUAUGUUUCGAGCGAUCACGUGACUGUAUCAUUAUGCCCUGUACUCAUUUUUUAUACUGCAGGACAUGUGUGACUGAGCAUAAAAAGAAGGGUGAUUCCCGCUGCCCCGCUUGCCGCGGACCUAUCUCCGGUGAAAUGUUAUGUAAUGUCAAUCAAUAAUCAAGAUAAUUUACAAAAGACUUCGUAAAGUAAAAAGUUCUCUUUCGCCUUAUUUGCAUUAGUUUGGUUGUUACAUUUUAUGGUGGUUGUUGCAAAUUAAUUCCAUUCCGUAUCGCGUAUUACAUGUAAAAACACAAUAUAGUCCGUCGAUCGUUUUGAUGAAAUUAUGACUCUGUUUUUGCUCUUUUUUCCUCAAAAACAAAAUUAGUUGUACUGAGGUUUCUCGUUUCAUAGGCGAUGUCUAUUGAUAAUAUAUUUCAGCUAUACUUUUGUGUUCAUGGACAAGACACUUGAUUUGUCUACCCAGAAGUAUAAAUGGGUACUCGCCUGCUUGCAGGCUGAGUAGGUAGCAGUAAUUAAUCUUUGAAAGGACACUAGUCAGCCUCCGCCAUUUUCAAUGCCACUGAAAUUAUUGAUAUUGCAUAGUGAAGCGAAAUCUUGUUUUAUUGUAAGUUGUGUUCCUGAAAGUAUUUUUAGUUACUUUAUUAGUUUACGGUGAUUUCCUUCGUUUCGACAUGCCCCGAAUAAAAUAUAAUAGCCAAACUCUUGCAUGUAAACAAAAACAAAGGUGUGGCUGUCUGGCUGACUGGGGCUGCUUAAGACCCACUUCAAGUUGAUGGAAGAAUAAAUUAACACGAAUGUCAGAAAGUGCGAAGUUUACAAUUUAUGUUUAAAUAUUCCUCAUUGUUAGAGUAUGAGGUUGUCUACGGAUUGAAAUUUCGCCGCUUGAGAAGUUGGGUUUUCGAAUGGCACUCAGUGUAGCGUGUAGGACUGAUAAGUCCCUGUUUUGGCUUCCUCUCCGGGAGUGGGUUUGUUGAGUGUUUUGUUAAGCUGGGUGUAGCCAGAGUUCACCCUUUUUAGCUAGGAGAAAAUUUAAAAAGUUAGGAAAACGGCCGAAGCGCGGCUUGGAGGCUCUGCAACAGUCGCGAAACAUCAAAGAAAACAUAUAUGUAAGCUUCAA